GAGAGAGGAGGGGGAGAGAGAGGGAGAGUGUGUGAGAGUGAGAGAGAGCGAGAGCGAAAGAGAGACCCAGCCUCAGCCUCUAUUGUGAUCUGCAGGCGGGGGAUUCAGAUAAAAAAGGCUAUUUCUCGGCCCGGACGCAACGCUGGUCACCGCAACAGAGUCCACCAGAACCGGCCAGGACAUGGAGGAAGACAUGGAUGAGGGACAGACCCAGAAAGGAUGUACAGAGUGUUGUCUGAAGUGUUUGCGGGGAAUCCCAUACCCAUCCCUGAUUGCCACUAUCCUGCUGUACGCAGGCGUGGCACUGUUCUGUGGUUGUGGUCAUGAAGCUCUUACCGGCACGGUCACCAUCCUGCAGAACUACUUCGAUGUGAUCAGAGCGCCUGGAGACUCCCUGGAUGUCUUUACCAUGAUUGACAUUAUUAAGUACGUGAUUUACGGCAUCGCCUCAGCUUUCUUCGUAUACGGGAUCCUGCUGAUGGUGGAGGGUUUCUUCACCAGUGGAGCCAUUAAGGACCUGUACGGAGACUUCAAAAUCACCACGUGUGGACGCUGCGUUAGCGCAUGGUUCAUCAUGCUGACGUACAUCUUCAUGCUGGCCUGGCUCGGAGUGACGGCCUUCACCGCUUUGCCCGUCUUCAUGUACUUCAACAUCUGGACCAUCUGCCAGAACACCACGGUGCUGGAGGGAGCCAGCCUGUGCCUGGACCCGCGCCAGUUUGGCAUUGUGACCAUUGGUGAGGAGAAGACAGUGUGUACAGGAUCAGAGAAAUUCUUUAAAAUGUGUGAAUCAAAAGAGCUGGACAUGACCUUCCACCUGUUUGUGUGUGCGCUGGCCGGCGCUGGAGCUGCAGUAAUCGCUAUGAUCCAUUACCUGAUGGUGCUCUCAGCGAACUGGGCCUACGUGAAGGACGCGUGUAAGAUGCAGAAGUAUGAGGACUGCAAGUCCAAGGAGGAGCAGGAGCUGCACGACAUCCACUCCACCCGCUCCAAAGAGCGCCUCAACGCCUACACAUAAGACCCGCGCAGCGCCAGCGGACCCGCAGUGCUCUCACUUCCUGUAUAGGGGGAGUUUUGGCACUGGUGCUGUCCAACAGGAGUGUCACAUGACCAACCCCAUGGCCAACCCCUUACCUCUGGCACAAGCAUUAUUAUUAUUAUUAUUAUUAUUAUUAUUAUUAUUAUUAUUAUUAUUAUCUUCUUUACUAAUCUUCAGUAGAAGUAGCUGUAGUGUCGUAGUUUUUUACAGUAUUGUAUGUUUUUUAAUUUUCUCAAGAGAUUGUGCAAGUUCUUUUAUUUUUGGACGUCAAUCACGGUAUGACUUUAUGCAAUUUUAUUUGAUUUGAUUUAAUUUAAUUUUCUUAAACAUCAGUAUUCACACCCUCCUUAUUUCGCGGGUCGGUUGUGGGGUAUAAAGCACAUUUCUUCAUGUGUGUUCGUCUCCGGUGAUCUCAUUUUCUCAAGCACUUCACACAUGAAAUGAAAAUUUGAAAAAAAAAGAAUACUUUUUAAAUUUUUAUUUAUUUACUUUUUUAAAUCAGUGAAAGAUUUUUUGGCCCGAAAGCAGCAGAUCGCACGCCGAUUCUGCAUUAUUUUGGAAACAGAAAAAAAACAGAAAAACAAAAAUGAAAGAAUAAGAAACGGCAAAUGUACCAUAAAGUGUUUAUUUAUUAUUUUUCUACAGAUAUCAUUACGAAUAAGAGACAGUAAAAUGUUACAGGUUGUUUGCUGUGCUCGCUUGCACAGCCCGCCAGUUUUGGGGCAUUGUUAUCGUCUUCAGAGGGAGAGUAAACUGUGUGUUGCUCUUUGUGGGCGGAGUCUUACCAUCUCCUAUUAAAAACCUAUUAAAAGAGACCUGUGUUUUAAUCAUGUCUCUAUGGGACGUGUCUAUAGCAUGAGGUGAUUUACAAACAACUGUAGCUUUCCUGCAGUUAAAAAAGAACAGAAAAUGUGUUGGGAGUUAAUGAUGCUUUAUCAACCUUGUAAAGGAAGUUGGUGGAGAGAUGCAAGGGCAACCUUAUAAUGGAAGUCAAUGAAGAGAUGCUUUAAUACACUUGUAAUGGAAGUCAAUGAGCCAGUGCUUCAGUAUGCUUAUAAUGGAAGCCAAUAGGAGUAUGGUUUAACACACUUGUUAUGGAAGUCAAUGGGUUGAUGUUUCAGCAUGCUCUUAAAUGAAAUCAAUAGGCUGAUCCUUUGGAACCUUAUAAUGGAAGUCAUCAUGAUUGUAAUAGAAGUCACUGGUUGAGUGCUUCAACAUCCAACGUUAUUAUAGAAGUCAGUAGGAAGACUCUGUAGUAAGCCUAUAAGUAAAACCAAUGGAAAUCUGCUUCCACCAAUGCAUCUAUUGACUUCCAUUAGUGCAAAUGAGAUUCAGGUUGUCAUGUUUUCUGUUUUUUUCUAAAUACAGGGGCUCAUUUUAAAAGUACAGUUUGUUGUAAUUAGCCACACGCUACAGACACGUUAUAUAGAGAGCACAAAAACACAGUGAAACAGCGGAGUGUUCCGUUAAAACCUCCUUCUUGAGUAAUAAUGCAACAAUAAGCUGUACUGGCCGACUGCCACACAUGCACAAAGCUACAGUGUUAUAACCCCCUGCUUUUAUUUUCCUACAGACGAUAGAGAAGGUAAGUAGAUCGUUCUGCUUUUAUUUUCAGGGUUUUUAUUUCUGCGUUUGUAAAUAGUCAUUCUGUAAAUGUAUACAUGUAUUGUAUGUAAGCACUUCGAUUUCAGGUGAAUUCGUAUACGAGAAUAAUCAAAACUGACAUUCCACGUUACUGAAAGGGGGGAGGGGGGUGGAGGAUGAUGAGGAAGAGGGGGUGGCGUUGUUUAACAGAAAAAAAAAUAAGAUGAAACAAUUCAGGCGAUGUAGUGUUUGUGGUCUCUAUGGCUAUGUUCAGACUGCCGGCCAAUCGGAUUGUUUUCUGAAAUCAGAUCUGCUUAGAUGAGUGUCCACACUGUUAUUUACGUUCUGAUAAGUGAUGUCCGGACACAAGCAUGAAUUUUUUUAAAUCCAAUGUCGCAGUGUGAAUAACCCAAAAGACAUAUUGAAAUCUGAUUAGUCAUAUUGUGAAUGACAGAAAUGAAAAAUUUGAAAUCUGAUUUGUUCGGUUUGACUGGAAAGACUUGUUGAAAUCCACCUGACGCAUCUGACCUAAAGGCACAUUGAAAUUUCAGUCGAAUUCCAAAAAAUUAGCACUCUCACAAUGUGAAUGAUGCAAACGACACAUUGAGAUCCGAAAUUGAAAUCUUUGUGCCUAGACCGUACCAACUAAGAUGCAUCUUUUUAAGUCUCCACCUCAAGUCAUUUAUUGCAAAUCUAAUGCGGUUUAUGUCUGUCCACACUAUUAAAUAUCAAAAUCUGGAUACAGUGCAGAGACAUCAAACAUCUUGCCCGGAUUUGUGCAGGCAGUCUGAACAUAGCCUUUUUUGUUUUGGUGAGUGUUUGUUUUUGGAUUUCGUUUCUAUAAAAGGGGAAAAUCACAACAGAAUCAACUAUUUACAGAGGUUAUAACGCUAUUUACCUUGAUGACGGUGAAGAUGUCACAUGUUGUCUUGCUUACGAGUCAUUAUGCUAUUGAGACUAUGGACUAUGGAGGUGUCUUAUCAUUCUUUUUACUGCCUGGCAAGUCAUGUUCUGUCAGUGUUUCUAAGAGCUAGUUUCGUGCACUUAUAUUUGACCAUUGUGUGAGCUCUCUCUCUCUCAGUGUAAGUGCAUUGGGAUUUCAGCUGGCCAGUUGGAUCCCCCGUAACGUUAGGUAAAGACUGUGAAUUCUAGGUGUUAUUUGUGGCAUGGUCAUGCAUUUAAUGGUAGUCGUUUUUACUGGAUACAAGAAAAAUAAAAAAUAAAAAAAGACGAAUAAUAAAAAUAAUUUGAAAAAAAAAGAAAAAAAAAAAGAAAUCAAUUUCAUUUCACAUUUUUCUGAGUUUGUUUCCCGCGACUGUCUUGCUGGGUCAUCCCGACUCUCCCCGUGUGCAGUAAUUGGACCUCUAUGCUGACUGCAUUGCUCUGAAUCUCCCGCUGUUUGAUGGUAGUGUUUGAUUUGUAUCUGUUUAGUUUGUGGUGAAUCUAUAACUACUGCCCUCAGUCCGACCAAUCUCAGCCCUGCUCCUCUAUCCCUCAUUCCCCACCUCUCUCUCUCUCUCUCUCGCCCUGUAUUAGUCUUUUGUACACUCACUAAAGAAUGCUUAGUCGCAGGCUGUACCAUGAUUCUGUUUUGUACAUAAAUGUGCCAACCGCUUGACAGUGGCUUUUCUGAUCUGUAGGGACAAACUGCUUGCAUAAAUAAAUACACUGGUGUUCUUGUUAAUAAA